AUGUCGGCCGCGGACAUUGAACAGAUGAACAAGCUCCGCAAGAGCCUGGGCUUACCAUUAUUGAACGUAAGUGGACAACCGCCACCUACAUCUGAAGGGCCAACAUUCAAAUCACAUUCUGCAAGCGAUGGCGAGGGCGAGGACAACGAUGAUGGCGAACCUGCAUCCACCCUAGAGACUCGUGAAGCUGCCGGCUUCGACAAUUGGAAGGCCCUGCAAGAGGAAGAGAAGCGGAAGGCUUUGAGAGAACGGAGGAAGAAGGAAAUCCAGAGAGCAAGAGAUGUUGCGGCCAGGGCGGCCAAGCUUGAGGGGAAGGGCCUAGGAGAACUCGACGACGAUGCCGGCGACCUCGACGCGAAGGCUUGGUUGAAGGGCCAGAAGAAGCGGCAGAACAAGAUCGAACGAGAACGCGCGGAGCGCCUGGUUCGAGAGCUCGCUGAGCGAGAGGCCCAAGCUGCCAUCGAAUAUUCCUCCAAAGACCUUGCUGGCGUCCAGGUCGCGCAUGAGCUCGAGGAUUUCGACAAUGGAGAGUCGGAGCAUAUUCUCACGUUGAAGGAUCAGGAAAUCGGAAACGAUGAUGACAGCGACCAAGACGAUAUUCUUGAAAACAGUGAGAUUUUGGCCAGAGAGAACUUGAAGGAGAAGCUCGAUCUCAAGAAGCGGAAGGUGUACGACGUCAAUGAUGACUCUGAAAAGGGUCUGCUCUCGCAAUACGAUGAUAAGAAGCGGAAAGCCUUCACACUGGAUGGCCAAGGUGCUACGAUGGAAGAGCGGGAAGCCAAGCGUCAACAGAUUGGAGAAAAAUUGAAGAACACAUUCAGCCUGGACAUUCUCAAGCCUGAUGUGGUUUCGGACUAUAUGGAGAUCAAAAUUAAGAAGCCCAAAACGGAGAAGAAGAAAUCCAAACGGCAGAAGGCCGAGGACGAAGACGAGAUCUUUCCUGUACAUCAAGCCUCUAAUGGUGAUGCUAUGGAAAUUGAUUUCGGAUCGGCUGCACCAGUUCGCCCUCCUGGGAAGCCUCGCUAUUCAGAGGACAAUUUUAAUGACGACGAUGACCUGGCGAAUGCUCUGUCGAGAAGUAGGCGCGUGGCCCUGAAGAAGCAGAAGCGAAAACCAGAAGAUAUUAUCAAGCAGUUGAAGGAAGAAGAAAGCCAAGCAACUCCAGAUGUGGAAGCUGAAGCCGGCCUUGUUCUUGAUGACACCAAAGUCUUCCUUGACAAUCUCUCCUCACGGCCAAGGGAAGAAUUCAUUGAACGGUCGAUACAGAAGUCUGUGGAACAACCAGAAGCGGAAAGUACCCCUGAAGUGAGAGUCGAGCAAGACCAGCAAAUGGGCGAAGCGUACGGUGGUAUUGAGAAUGAAGAGGAGCUUUUGGAUCGCUUACGUCGGGAACAAUCAACGCAUACUCCAGAUGUUCCACAUGCGGGUUUGGAGGAAGAGAAAACACUGGAUCAAGGCAUGGCAGCCGCUCUGACUCUGCUCAAACAGCGAGGACUUGUCAAGGAGAGUGACUCUGGUGACAGAAACAAAUUGUACAAGGACCGUCAACAGUUCAUUAUCGAGGCACGGCUGCGCGAGAACGAGGCGGAACAGCGAGCUCGAAUGCAGCGUGAGCGAGAUCGACAGUCAGGUAAACAUACAGGCAUGUCCGUCAAGGAGCGGGAGGAACACGCUCGUUGGCAAAACACACAACGCGAACAUCAAACGUCGAUCCAAGCUGCGGCUGCUUUCAACCGCGAAUACAAGCCGGACGUGAACCUCAAAUACAUCGAUGAUGAUGGGCGCUCAAUGAACCAAAAGGAGGCGUUCAAGCAUCUAAGUCAUCAGUUCCAUGGCAAAGGUAGUGGGAAGAUGAAGACGGAAAAGCAUCUCAAGAAAAUUGCGGAUGAGAAGAAGAGAGAGGCCACGAGUGUUCUGGAUAGUAGCAAAGCCACAGGUAUGAGCAAUGCUCAAGGCGCCAUGGGGAAGAAGAACAAGGCAGCUGGUGUUCGACUGGGUUGA